AUGCCGAGGCUCCCGGAGGAACUCUUGGACAGGGUGCUCGCGGACGUCCUCGACAUUCCGGACUCGGAAUUCUAUGGCGACCCUAACCUGCGCCUCAAUCCUGGUGCUCGCUGGCAACGAUCUUUCGACAACAACUAUUCGCGCGACGAGGAUCGCCGGCCUCCUGCCCUCCUGCGUGUUUCUAAAUCUUGGCGACGCAUCGGUACCCCUCACCUGUAUCGUUCAAUCUUCAUCCGAAGGGAAGGCCAGGCUACCGCUCUCGCCAAUACGCUUACGAAUCUCCGUCCCGAUCUUGGCGCAUAUAUCUGGCGUUUCCGUCCUUGUGCUGGCCGCGGACUGGUGAUGCUUGGAAUCCUCACAGCCACGACUCAGCUCCGCGUUCUCAGCCUUGUUCUCGUAGCGCGCUUCGACAACGACAUCCAGGGACUCGCGGCUGGUCUCGCGCUAUCUCACCUCAAUCCCGCCGAGCUUCGCCUUCAUUGCGACGAGAGUUACGCAGUGUCGAAUCGAGAGGCCCUCAUCAACAUCCUUGCUCGCGUAUUGCCAAAUUGGACGAACCUGAAAGCCGCGCAUAUAUCUUGGUCUCUUCCGUUUUGGGGCAGGCCGGGCGAAGAAUUCGCAGGACUCAUCAGGAAACUUGCUAUUGCUCCAUCCCUGGCGACUGUUCAGCUGCCCUACGAACUUCAGACUGUCCGCUUUAUCCCGACGCUCGAAACCCUCGCCCGCAAUCCCAGUCUUCGCAGUAUAGAUAUGUCCCGACCACGCGACCACUACUGCUCCUUCGACCGAGCCAUAUUUCGGAAUCCUCUUCUCGACCCCCUUUGCAAGUAUCGUGCACGCGGAGCGAACGUACCGGACUAUCCUUCUACUGAGUCAAUCGAGAUCCACCGACUUGUAGAGAAGGUCCAACAGCAAGAACAGGAAUCGAGGGCCGUCUCCUUGCGCAUAGCAUCUACGCCGUCCAAGAACUCCAUGGUUCAACAACAUUUCGAGGUCCAGAAGCAAGUGUGGUCUCGCGUCCUCGACUUUGCAACGCCAGAAUUUCGUUCAGUACGCCGUGACGGCGUCAUCAAUUUAAUGAUGGUCUGCAGGAUGUGGAGGUGGCUUUUGCUUCCAACGCUGUAUUCCAUCGCCAUCACGGAUAGCGGGAUCAAUACGUGCCGUCUCAGCCGCACGCUCCUCUCCAACCCCGCUCUUGGCCAGUACGUGCGGGAGCUGCGUCUGGCGAACCACCUGGCCAACAACCUCUUCGUUCCUUUGGGCUCUGUACUACGCGCUUCGCCCCACCUGCGCCGACUCGCUGCUACUGGCUGGCAGUCCGACCGCUACGGCAAGAAUUUUCCCCUGCAACUCGAGUGGACGGAGUUCACCAUUCUGGCGACAUACGCGCCGGGGCUUGAACAGGUUUCUGCGGUCAAGAUACUGAAGGCUGCGCCGAAGGCGGUCUCUGCUGUGCUCACUGAUACGCCGACGAUGGCAUCGUGCCUUCACCAGUCGGUGCUGAAGUCGAAGACGGAGGAUCUGUCUGUUCCGCUGGGUCUCCUUAUGCCUUUUCGCUCGCUGCGAUCUCUGCAUCUCAUAGUGCCUAUUGCGCUGGAGUUCCGAGGCGCAACUGUGCGCUCGGAUGUGUUUCCGGCGCUGGAAGUUCUGCGUCUAGAAGACUGCCAUCCUUCGGUUCUCAGGUUGUUUGCCUUGUUUGACCUCCCCCGCCUUCGUCUUGUCGGGCUUCUCGGCGCAUCGCAUCGGGCCUCGGACGCGUCUCUCAUUCUGUGGAGGCACGGCACGAAGAUUGAGGAGCUGGAGCUGGAGUACUUCCCCACCAACGCGCUAUUUGGGUUCUGUGGGCGCUUGAAGGUGCUGGAGAUCCGGCAGCAAAUGCCGCUCCCGAACGACUCGGCGGCGGGCUGGCAGUCGGGUAGCUUGGAGACGCUGGUCUGCAAUGGGAUCAAUGCCUACAGUAAUGCGGCGAUCGUGAAGCGUUGGGGUGAGGUCUUUGCGUCGAUCAACUCGCAGCGGCUUCCGCGCCUGAAGGUGAUACGCGGCUGGAUGUCUCGGCCGACGGGAGUGCUCGCGAAUGUAGGCAGAAUGUGGUUACCUCACGCGGAGGAGUUGAGGGCAAAAGGGAUAGCACUUUGGUGCUAGUGGUGGGCUGCAGUGGAUGACGAAGGCAGGUGCAUGUGAGUGGGAGAAUUGGAUUUGAACGAAGGAGUAGACUGUAUUAUGGCUUCGCUAUCUUCGAUUGUCGCAGUGGGCGAAGUUGCAACGGAAGUGGUGAACUGGGUUUUCUG